AUGGAUCUGGUGGAGAGUCAACGUAACAUCCUCAGACUUACACCUAGAUUUAGUAAGGUGGGAAUUGGUAAGAAUGAGAAGGUAUAUAAGGUAUAUCAGGAUGUUAUAAUCACUGUCCCAUCUGGGGUUCCAAUCGAAUAUGGAGCCGAACGAAAUGUUUUAUGUACGGUAUACGAAAACAAUCGUGUUCACAAGGUAUAUACCGAUUAUUCCCCGAUUCAUCAUACAAUUGCGGUCGAUAUCAAAAAGAAUUUGAUGGUGUUCAUCGAUUACGAAGGGUAUAUCUCUUCCAUGAAAUCCAACUCUUACGGUAGUGAGAAAUACGUGGAUAGAUAUAUCGGGAUUCCUUCGGAAGAUUGGGAUCGAAUUCCACCCCCAGUCACCAAUUGUGAGAAGGUCAGAGUGGAUUUGAUGGAAGAUGAUAAGAUGGUAGUCGAUCUAGGUAUUGGUAUAUGGCUUGUAUACAAUUGGAAGACUGGUAAUUUACUUCACUGUUUCCCACCAAAUAACCGUAACUGGUCAAGCUGUCAUGGGGCCCUCAUUACUAAAGAGGGAUUGAUAAUUGGGCUGGAUGUACCUCGAUUGGCAUGGAUGAAUGAUAGUCAAUCAGGCAAUGCCUCCUUGGCGAUCUUCAGUCUCUCAAGCCCUGUGACCGCACCAUACCUUCCCGAAUUGCUGCUAGAGCUCCCAACGACUUAUCGCCUACUUAAGUCAUGCAUCAAAACCCUUGGGGAUGCCCCAGCCAAAGGAAAAAUCAUCAUUUCUCCCUCAACCCCUCCACGCAUACAUGAAGCCAUGAAUCCGUCUUUCGUCAGAAUUAGCAUCCCCUUCAAGCUAUUCCCAGGAUCAAACUAUGAGCUCAACCUCGUCAUACCUAUCAGACAGUUACCUUUGAUCAAAAUUGAAAAUCGAAUCAAACCAUGGAUCAAAGGUAGGACUUGGCGAUAUCCAACUAACCCUUUUGAUGGGGUUGAAACUAUCAAGUGGGAUAAUUGGAAAAGCAGAUGUCAUGUGUAUAUCGAACGGGCUCAAGCGUCCGCCUCAACGCAGAAAUCGAUCAGUCCUUCAUCAUUGUCCAAUGAAGAAUGUCAAAUCGGACGCAGGUCGUAUCGAGUGGAUAAUAACCUCCUUGCCAAGAAAGGUCAAUUGGAUUUGCAAAUUACAGAUUUCGAUAUUCACGAGAUCGGACAAAAAGGUAAUGAAUAUGGUGCUCUCAAAGGUAUAGAGCUGGACAUGGCUCCACCAGAUGGUCAAAGACCGAACAAACCUCGUACUUCACCUCGAUAUCACAAGAUCUCCGAACAAGCUGGCACUGCCAACUUGCCCCGGACGCUGAAUUGUUCAGGUUCGUUCUUCUUAGGAUACCCGGGAGAGAUGGAAGAUAUCUUAGGAGAUGAGAGUGGUACAAGAUUGGUCAUUCAACAGAAAGGAAAUGAGAAGAUAUGGAUCAUUGAUUUCGGGUCAUGA